AUAUACAUAUGUAAUUUCGCAUCUUAAAUUUAUUGAACCAAGAAAAAAUGGAAUUAUCCUCAAGAAUUUAUAUUCCAACACAAUCAGAUGUUCGCACGAAUCUCGGUUCACCGCUGGCACAAAUCAUCUUCGACUACAGUCAUGAAGAAAUUCGAAAAUUGCUGGGAAUCAUUCCACCAUUAGAAGGUCCACCAAAAAUACUCUGGAAGUCACCUAGUGAUCAACUUAUUGGAAAAGUUGCACUAACGCCACCGUUGACGAAUAAAUUCAUCAAAGCAUGCACCCAUCAAGGAAUAUUAGCUUUAGGGCAGGUGGUACUGGAAAAAUUUGAAGCAGAUAUGGAUGAAAGAAUGAAAAGACAUAUGAAAGAGGAAUUAGAAGAAGUACAAAACAUGUUUGAGGCGGAAAAACGUAGAAUAAUAGAAUUGACUAUACAUGACGUUUCUUUGCAAUAUGAAAAUUACAUUGACAUCCUGCAAGAGGAGUUUAAAACUGAGUUAAAAAAUUCUAUAUCCGAUGCAAUAACAAAUUGUAAUAAAGCAAUGCAAAAGGCUGUUGUGCAUGAACGUAUGAACGUAACGCAUGAGAUGCUGAAAAAGUUAAGGGACGAAAUUGCUCAUGUGAUAGAAACAUUGUACAUAAAUUUUGAGCAAUCUUUACGUGCUCAAAAAGAAAAUAUGAUUGCUGACUUCAAUGAGAUCAUGAGAAAAGAGCGUGCACGUAUGGAUGAGAAAAUGAAGGAUUUUGAAAAUCAAAAAAUUAAAGCUCUCCUUAUUCUGAGGCACAGACUUCAGAUGCAAAAUGCAAUAGAUCUUGCAUAUGUUCUGUGCAUAGAAAGAAUGCAUUGUAUUGCAGAAAAGAAAGUUAUGCACAAAUGUUUUAAGAUCCAAAUUCGAGCCUUGGAGGAAUUACUACUGGACUUGAAUGAAGUAAUACGUUCCAUGAAAAAUGAAGAACAGAACAAAAUCGACAAUGGACCAGCGUGGGAAAAGAAAGUCUAUGAAAUUGUUCGACAAUUUCAGAAAUUUAUAAAUUUUGCAUUCGGCGCUGUGCCAGGACAAGCAGAAUUUCUACUGUCCCUCGAAUCGCUGCUCUUACCCGAAUUAGAUGAGAAAAUAUCUAAACGAGAGGAAAGUCAAAAACAGUUCACUGAUAUUACGUCUGGAACCGAAAAGAAGCAACAUUUUCACAUUGUGGAAAUUAUAGAUGAUGAUGGUUGUAAAUGGAAACCGAUACAACUCAUACCAGACCUACCUGACAAAUAUUGUACAGAGGAACAUUUUGUCACUCCAAUCGUAAAAUCAAGCAUCGACUUCUAUAAUGACGACGAAUAUGCUGAUAAUAUAUCCAAAAAAUCAUCUACAACAACGGAUAGUAAUGAAUCCCUGCCAUUCUGUUAUGUUGGUGGUACAUUGUACGUACGAUCAGACUACCGUGGUGAUAUAGAUCAAGCAGAGAAGAAAACUAUGUUGGAUCUGGCGGAGGGUUCACGUUUUAUAAUGGAAUUAAAGAAGCCACAGAGAUGUAUCCAGCAACCAAUAGACAAUUUGGAAAAGGGAACAUCAUUGUCACAUACAAAUUUAUCAACGAAUGCCAAUCAAAAAUCGCAUCACGAUGAACUUAUGGAAUCAGAAACUCCAAAGCGACCAAAUUUUCCAAUUUGUCAGAAAAAAACGGAAAGAAAUCAGAAUAAAACAAUUAAACCAGUUGUCGACUAUAAGCCACGUAUUCAAAGUUUAAUACAUGCCAGUAAACGCACUAGCAAGUCCUGUAUCGGUAAAAAAGAGAAUUCUGAAAUCAGGAGCAAAUUGGAGACACAAAAAAAGAAUACUGAAAGUAUCAAAGACAUAGUAAAGCGUCCUUGCAUGUGUAAUAACGUUACUGUGAAUCGCAAAGAUGUAGAUGAUAUGUUUAAAACCGUCAGUAAACACGACGUAGAACAUUUGCAAACAGUGAGACAGUUCACCUGCGAACGUAUGUGUUCCUUAAUGCGUAUUUUUCGCCUUUAUCCCAGUUUGCAGCGAAUGAUCGUUCCGAAAAGUGGCCAAGCACUAUAUUAAUUCGAGUAUUACGAUACCAAUCAGGAUCUCGUUGAAGACUUGAUGCGUUUCGUCGAUAAAAAGUAGCUUGCAUAAGAGAUCGUAUACCAACUUUAGUUGCCGGAACAGGUGGAUAAUCCUUCAUUCUCCAUCCAUAAGUCCAACUUGUAC